UCUUUUUUUUCUUUUUUUUGCUUUCGUUUUCUUUUCUUUUUUUUUAUUUGGACGAGGAUUUGUGUCCUGCAUAAAAACUUGCAGGGAGUCACUUGCGUGGCCACUGCUGAGUCGGCAACAUGUGGACCCGACCUCUUGUUGCCAGCUUUUAUCUCGCCGUCCUGGUGACGUCACAGAAAAUGGAGUGUCGUGAGGAUUAUGAUUUCCCUCCAACGAGCGACUACAGUCCGUCCGUGCUGGCAGAUUUGAAGGUGGAGCUGGUGAAAGUGUCGGGAGAAGACAUGAUGAACGUGAGCUGGGCCAUCAACAUUGACGGCAGCAUUGAGUAUCUGAAAGGCACUCGCUUGGUGGGAGAUACGGUUGUUGUCUGUGAAUACACGCCUCCUUUGGCCCAGGCGGACAUGGCGGGGUCACAUCAGAAAUGGUUCCACUACUUGGUAAGAUGGUAUGGUUCCAACGUCAUCACAGCAGCCAACUUCCCUUUGCCGCCUCCAGGCAGCGGCCUCUCCUACCGCAGCAUCAUCAUCCCUCGCCCCAAACACAGUUUUGCAGGCCGUGCACCAAAGACUACUAUUCACCCCAAAGCUGAUAUCACAGACAUCACCACAGACAGUCCUCGUUCAGAUCCUCCAAACACUUUGGCCAACAUCUUGGUGAGAAUUUAUCUGGGACUUGCUGCCUUCAUGAUCGUCACUUCUGGAUACAUCCUGUAUAAGAGAUGUUGGAGACAUGUUGCCUUUAUGCUGGGCCUCAAAAGGUCGCCUCCAUCGUCCAAAGUUCCCGUCUCUGUCCUCAUGGUGUACCCUCCCGAAGACGGAGCCUUCCAGAAGGCUGUGAUGGCCUUGGCAGAGUUCCUGCAGAAGCACGCGGGCUGCAGCGUGGCCAUCGACGUGUGGCAGCAGGCGAGGAUCGCACAACUGGGUCCCUUGCGUUGGCUGGCGGAAGAAGUCAAGGCUGCGCAGCGUGUCCUCAUCAUCUGCCCCCAGUCCGGCCACUCUGCUCCCUCCAACCUCAUCUCCACCGGACCCUGCGUACCAGCUGCGGCUCAUGAUCUUUACCCUCUGACCCUCAACACGGUGGCGAGCCACGCUAAAAAUGCUGACGAUCUCUCCAAGUUCUGGGUGUUGCAGCUCGGACAGCACAAGGACAAGAGGCCCGGCUCCUUGGCUCCAGAGCUGAGGGCCUGCAGACGUUUUUGUUUAUUGCGGGAUUUAAGCAAACUCUGCAGGAGUCUGCACACUUGCAGGCGAGACGGCAAAUCGUGGGCAAAUUUCAUCUUUGUAGCAGACAGUGAGAAGAGUACGGUGAAGUUAAAAGACGCUGUGGAAAAACUAAAUGUCGUCAUCCCCGCUGAGUCGCAACCACUCAAUCCUGUCAUCGCUGUUUGAAUAUUCAGACAACACCUCAGUGAUAUUAUAAAAUAGUACAAAAAUAA